GGCACCUGGGCUUGGUGACGUCAAUUCCGGAUGCGCUUUGGAGCUUUCGCUGCGGUUGGGUAAGGUUCUUCAGUCUGGUGGUAGAAGCUUAGGAGAGAGGAGUUAGCGGACGUGGGAGACAUUACCAUGGGGACCCCACCUACGCUGUUCGCUGUGAUAGCUGUGAUAUUAGUCCCAACACUAGCCGGUUAUAUCGAGGCACUGGCAGCCAAUGCUGGAACAGGCUUUGCUGUGGCAGAGCCACAAGUGGCUAUGUUUUGUGGCAAAUUAAACAUGCAUGUUAACAUUCAGACUGGAAAAUGGGAACCUGACCCUUCUGGGACCAAGAGCUGCAUUGGCACCAAGGAAGAAGUUCUUCACUACUGUCAAGAGGUGUAUUCUGAUCUUCAAAUAACCAAUGUGGUAGAAGCAAAUCAGCCAGUUAGUAUUGAUAACUGGUGCAAAAGGGGAAAAAAACAAUGCAAGGGUCAUUCCCACAUUGUUGUUCCAUUCAAGUGUCUAGUUGGUGAGUUUGUUAGUGAUGUGCUGCUUGUUCCAGAGAAGUGCAAGUUCUUUCACAAGGAAAGAAUGGAUGCAUGCGAGAGUCACCAGCACUGGCAUAAUGUAGCCAAAGAGGCUUGUAUGACAGAGGUUAUGGUCCUCCACAGUUAUGGCAUGUUAUUACCAUGUGCUGUGGACCAGUUCCGUGGGGCUGAGUAUGUCUGCUGUCCUCAAACAAAGAUUCUAGAUGAAGCUCUUUCUAAGGAGGAAGAAGAGGAUGAUGAGGAAGAAGAUGAAGAUGAUUAUGAUUCUUACAAGAGUGAGUUCCCCACUGAGACUGAUAUAGAGGAUUUUACUGCAGCUGCAGAAGAGGAAGAAGAAAUAGAAGAUGAAGUUGUAGAAGACCGCGACUAUUACUAUGACAAUGAUGAGGACUACAAUGAUGAAAACCCAACAGAGCCCCCUAAUGAGCGACAACUAUCUGGAAAAGACAUAAUAACAGAUGUCAAAUCUGUCUGCUCCCAAGAGGCCGUGACAGGUCCCUGCCGGGCCAUGAUGCCACGCUGGUACUUCGACCUUGGUCAGAAAAAAUGUGUUCGCUUUAUAUAUGGAGGCUGUGGAGGCAACAGGAACAAUUUUGAGUCUGCGGACUAUUGCAUGGCCGUUUGUAAAGUGAUGAUUUCACAAACGCCAGCUCCAGCCGAUGAUGUGGAUGUUUAUUUUGAGACCCUAGCUGAUGAUAAUGAACAUGCACGAUUCCAGAAGGCUAAAGAACAGCUAGAGGUUCGACACCACAACCGCAUGGAACGAGUGAAAAAGGAAUGGGAAGAGGCUGAGAGUCAGGCCCAGAGUUUGCCAAAAGCUGAAAGACAGACCCUCAUACAGCAUUUUCAGGCCACAGUGAAAGCCCUUGAAAAAGAGGCAGCCAGUGAAAAGCAGCAGCUGGUGGAGACUCACCUGGCCCGCGUAGAAGCCAUGCUUAAUGACAAGCGCCGCAAUGCUCUGGAGAACUAUCUCUCUGCAUUGCAGGCUGAUUCCCCUCGUCCACAUCGCAUCCUUCAAGCCCUAAAACGAUAUGUAAGAGCGGAAAACAAGGACAGAUUGCAUACUAUCCGUCAUUACCAACACGUACUUGCUGUAGAUCCAGAGAAGGCUGUACAGAUGAAAUCUCAAGUUAUGACCCAUCUCCAUGUUAUUGAAGAGAGAAUGAAUCAAAGCCUGUCUCUGCUGUACAAGAUUCCUUAUGUUGCUGAUGAAAUACAGGAUGAAAUAGAUGAAUUGUUCCAGGAGCAACGAACUGAUAUGGAUCAGUUCUCAUCCUCUUUCUCAGAGUCCCAGGGAGAUGUGAGGGUGAGCUCAGAGGAGAGUGAAGAAAUUCUUCCAAAGAAUGGUAAACCCUUCCGCCCUUUCCAAGUGAAAACCUUCCCAUCAAUCACAGAAUCUGAAGGCUCUGGCAUGGCUGAUCUGAACACUCUUAUUGGUGCCGAGGAGAAGAUUAUCAAUAGCAAGAGCAAAGCUGACCAGAAAGUGGUAAUUGAUGAAACCCUUGAUGUGAAGGAAAUGAUUUUCAAUGCAGAGAGAGUCAGUGGACUUGUGGAUGAGCCGGACACUGAUGGACCACUGCGUAAUGAGUUCAGCUUUAGCAGUGGAGCACUUAUUGGCCUCCUAGUCAUUGCUGUAGCUAUUGCUACAAUAAUUGUCAUCAGCCUUGUUCUGCUGAGGAAGAGGCAGUAUGGUACCAUAAGCCAUGGAAUUGUAGAGGUGGAUCCGAUGCUGACUCCUGAGGAACGUCACUUGAACAAGAUGCAGAAUCACGGAUAUGAAAACCCUACAUAUAAAUACUUGGAGCAAAUGCAGAUUUGAGUGGUGCAUACUUGUGGGAUGGGUGGGUUAAUGAGCCUGAUUAGGGCAUGGAAUGGGAGGGGCCAAAGAAAAUGGGUGGUGUAUUGAUUUUUGUUUCACUGCUGACCAAUCAUUGCUUUUGAGAAGGAGGCUAUGCCUAUUACUUUAGGCACUCCUGGACUCUUAAUCACUCCUGAUAGUACAUUUUGCAUUCCUUUAAACGGGUGACAGAGUAGAGACUUAUUAAGUCUAUGGUAAAUAUUUUACUGCUGAUCUUUUAAGGUGUAGGGUUUUUUUUUUGUUAAUCAUAUAAUUAACAGUUCAGAUGACAUUGUGACUCUUGCAAACUAUAAAUAUAUAUAAAUACGUAUGUAAAUGGGGAAAAAUAUUCAUUUCAGUCAGGUUUCUAGUUCCAGUAGAAAGUUUCUUUAUGCAGCAUCUUUCUGUCUUGUUGGUUUAUUGAAGAUAAGAGAAGCUACAAAACAGGAAUAUUUUGACUUAGAGCUGAACAAAGAUGAAUUGAGAAAGUAGCUGUCAGCUUGUGUUUGAGUUACUGUUCAAAAAGACAUUGGAAGCUGAUAAUAAGCAGAGGCCUUGCUGUGCUACUUACAAGGGAAUGUAAGGUCAAAAAAAUGAAUUCUAGGGUCCCUUUUCAGAAUAGCACGCUCUCUAAUAGCAGCAGGGGUGUUUGUUUCUCACUUACCACAAGUAGCAGGCUCGGUGAGAAUCUGACACCCCUUCCUGGCUUCAGGUGAAUUAAGUUGUUUAAAGCUACAGAACCUUUCUAAGGUGGACAGCCAACAGCCUCUUAAGAUAUCUUUGCCAACAGGUAUGAUAGCAAGUGUAAUCCCUGGGGAAAGUGCAGUGCAGAAGAUUGUUUCUUACAAAAAACACUGCAGAAUUUUUAAAUGCAAGAAUAUUCGAGAGAGUUUUUUUUUUCUACAGGAUAACCUUAAGGUUUUUAUUUUUUUGACGUUACUUACCCUUUAGGCAACGUUUCCACUAGGGUUUUCAAUCUGGUUGUUCUAGAUUCAGGUUGAGAAGAGCUGUUGUGUACUACUGAUAAUACUGUAGAUAUUGUCCUGCUUGAGCCAUUGAGCUCUGUGUUUGUAGAAGACAGAACCUUUAAAGAAUUGCAAUCAUGUAAGCUAGUGCAGUCUACUCUUGCUCUUCAUACCAAUAAGAGUAUUUCAGUAAAUUCAUGUACCGUGUAGAAAUAUGAAUACAUCAGAUGGGAUUUCCAUUAAUCAUAGCCAUACUGGUACCUUUGCACUUAACCCUUAAAUUGUCUUCAUGGUAGCAAGAUCAAGAAUGGCAUUUUUUUUUCCUAUGUAUGACUGUGUGCAACAAGCACUAGCAGCUUUCCAUUCUGUGGCACUCGACCAUCAAUGAACUACCGAUUAAUAGGGAACAAGGGCCAGUAGUACUGCUGCCCAAGGGGCUCGUAGAACAAGGGACUGAUAGCUUCCUAAUUGAAGCAGAGCUGUCUUCAGAUCCCCAACCUGUCUCUGUAAUGCUUGUAAAUUUGAUGUUUGCUAUAACCGCAUCAUUUCAGACUUAAUUAUUUUCUAAGGGCUGAAACACACGGUGCGCCUUCUUCAGAUCCAACGCGAUGAGGAAGCGGAUGCGAUGAAUAUAAUGUAAUUAAUCGGAUUGUCGGACCUACAAGCUGUGUGCAUCUGACACAACACGACUGUCGGAUGAAGACGCAACGUGCGGUGUUGAAAUCAGACAGUCGUGUCGGAUGCAGUUUGUAGGUCUGACAGUCCGAUUACUUACAUUAUAUUCGGCACAUCCGUCUCAUCGCAUCCGAUUCCUCUCAUCGCGCCGGAUCUGAAGAAGGCACACCGUGUGUUUCAGCUUUUAAUCUUAAGGUUCUGGUAACCUGUGGUGUUUGUCUUCCUAUAUAUUUUUCCAUAUUUUACUGUGAGUUUUUAAUUUGUUUUCUUCUGGCCGGAUUUUUUUUUCGCACUAUGCACAGAUUUACCUUAUACCUGCAAGAUUCCUUUGUGUGUUGUGGGGAAUGUAAAAAUUGGAAAACACGUCAAUAAACACUAACUUCCAUAAAGAA